UAUUUUUUUACAACGAUAGUAUCACUAAUGGUGUUCUAUGAAUACGUCUCAGAAUAGUGAGUUGAACAGGGGGAGAAGACCUCAGAAAAUAAGAUAAAUAGAAAUAGACCUACUAAAAGGGAAGAUUAAUUUAGCGACUAUACUACACAACCGCAAUCAUUAUGGGAACGGAUAGUACCGAUUGUAUGCUGCUUCUUGCGGCAGAAGCGUUUCAAUCUAAAAACUUCGGGAUCGCGGCGGACAUAUACGAAUGCCAACUGCUGCACCUCUCCGACCCUAGUACGCAGCAACAUCUCUUGGUGAAACGGGCCGAUGCCCUGGCAUUCGCUGGUAAAUUGACCGAUGCUUUCGAGAUCUAUCGAAAAGCUGCAGAAAUCGACAGACUACGACCAGUCCAUCUGGAUAAUCUUAUUGAAUAUCUCUCUAACUGUAUUAAAAUACAAGAUGGGACAGACAGUCAAAACAACAGACAGGAGACACACUCUGAUUGCGUUGGAUAUGAUGCAUUUACCUGCAAAAUAUGUUAUGGAUUUCUAUACGAGCCUGUUACCUUGCUUUGUGGACACUGCUUUUGCAAAAAGUGUCUGGACAGAGAAAAAAUGCCUGUCUGCUGCAAAGAAUGUAAUGACAGUCGGCACACCAAACUCAAUGAUGUGGACAAUUAUAGAGUUAAUGUUGUUCUUAGUAACUUGUUGUUAAAGUGGUUUCCAAGUCAAUUACUUGCUGUUAAUCUGAGACGUGAGGGGAAUGGACUAUAUUCAGAUAAAAUAAUGGAUGCUGCUUUGGAAAAAUACAACGAAGCAAUACAAAUAGCUCCAAGAGACCAUGUGCUGUACAGCAACCGAUCACAGAUCAAUUCCAGUCUGAGGAAUUACGAGGAUGCACUUCAUGAUGCAGAGAUGGCAUGCAAACUCAUGCCUCUUUGGUCAAAGGGACAUAUUAGAAAAGCACAAGCUUUAGUCUGUCUUGGGAAAUGUGAAGAAGCGUUAAGAGAGUACCUGGUCGUCAUUACAUUAGAUCCUGAAAGUAAACUGGCAAAAAGAAAGGCGCAAAAGAUUCUGAGUGAUCUUCUGGCCCCUGUCACUGAUCAAGUACACAACAGAAUCCUAGACUGCACAAGUCUACUAUCUUCCAGAAAUAAAAUCAAAGGUGGCAUCCUGAACACCUCAACCUCAAGCUGCAACACCACCACUUCCUCCAAGUCUUACAAGGAGUACAAGAAUAUUGCCUCUCAUGAGAAGUUGACAAUGUCACCUACGCUGAGUGAACCUAAGACAGGCGGCCUAUUUGAGACGAUGGCAUGCGGCGAAAAGAAAGGAGAAGAUCAGGUGGACCUGAAUGUCUGCCAUCCCACCGUCAUUGACAGGAGUGUCUUCCUCAAACGCAAACGUAGCUCAUCCGAGGACAGCCAAGUGGAUAGUAGCGACACCUGCAAGCGUUCCAAAUCUGAAGUGACCCAGAAUGAAGAGGCGACUUCCUGGAGUGCAGUGCUUUCUGACCUCAUAGACCCGGCUGACCUGGAGUGUUCUCUUUGUAUGAGGCUCUUUUAUGAACCAGUCACCACUCCUUGCGGCCACACCUUUUGUCUGAAAUGCCUCGAGCGAUGCCUGGACCACAACCCCAAGUGUCCCCUCUGCAAGAUGGAGCUGGAAGAGUAUCUGGCAGAAAGUAAAUACAACAAGACUGUCUUGAUGGAGAACCUCAUCUGCAAGUAUCUGCCAAAUGAGCUCAUGGACAGGCAGAAACUCAACGCAGAGGAGAUUGCAGAUUUAUCCAAUCUAAACAAGAACGUGCCUAUAUUUGUUUGCACCAUGGCCUUCCCCACCGUUCCAUGUCCUCUUCACAUCUUUGAGCCCUGCUACCGGCUGAUGAUCCGCAGGUGUAUGGAGAUGGGUACCAAGCAGUUUGGAAUGUGCCUCAGCGAUAACCUCAAAGGAUUUGCCGAUUACGGUAGCCUCCUGGAGAUCCGAAACGUGGAAUUCUUUGCAGAUGGCCGCUCCGUUGUAGACACCAUUGGGAUAAGAAGGUUCAAGGUCAUUGAGCACCACCAGAGAGAUGGAUACAACACAGCAGACAUUGAAUACCUGGAAGACGUUAAGGUGGAGGUUGUGGCAGAGAAGGAGCUGCAGAGUCUCCAUGAUGCAGUAUACGACCAGGCCUUAAUCUGGGUCAACUCCCUGAAAGAAGAACAAAAGGAGAGGAUCGUGGAGCACUUUGGGCGCAUGCCAGAGAAAGACUCUGAGCCACAGGCCAGUGCCAAUGGGCCAUCCUGGUGCUGGUGGCUGCUGGCAGUCCUUCCCCUGGAGGGUCGAGCCCAGCUUCCCUUCCUGGCCCUGACGUCCCUGAAGGACCGACUCAGUGGUAUCCGCAGAGUACUCCUCUUCAUGUCCCGCAACCGCUCCUCUCGAUGACUCCAACCCUCACACAACCAUCUAUCUCCUCCAUGUGGGUGUCUGUUUUGUCUGGUUUUUGUUUUUAUCUGAAAGACCGCAUUUUAACGAAAGCCUUUGUGUGAAUGGGUUACUAUUGGCAAGUGAACUUUAAUUAGAUUACCGAAAUGUGAUCCAAGGAUUAGAAGAGGCUACUUAUGGACUGAAUAUUUUAAAGUGUGCUGCAAAGGCGAUAGUGUUUUGACUUUGUUUGUGUUAUUAUUUAUGAACAUGGAACAUGUUUACACCACUGGGAGAAAAUUACUAUUACAAUGAUGACUUAUUAUUUCCAAAGGGUUUAUUAACCACAAAUGACAUAUUAUAAAACCCCAAACCCCUUAGAAUGUGUAGAAAAUUAGAGGGGAAAAUUGCAAUACAGCAGAGUACCUUGUUCUGAUGACGCUUUAACUGUAUCAUUCAGAGGAUAAUGCAAUUCUCUUCCUGUUUUGGUGUAGAUGAGUGCAGUACACCUGCAGUUAAAAUGAGCCAUCGUUUCUUGGUAUUUAUAGGAUCUACUUAGCACUGUAGUUGCAGCAACAGCGUAACUGAUAGUCACUGUUUUCCAUGCAUGGUGAGCAAAGAUCGGUUGUGAGCUUUGCCUUCAACAAAGGAAGACAUUUUUCAUUUUGUUGGAUGUUACAUAUUUCUUUGUCCGCCAGACUUUUUUCCAGAGUUUUCUACAGUUCUUUUUAUGU